AUGAUUGCCAUAGACUUUGCAUUUCAGCAAUGGCAGUGGCAGUAUCAAAUAUCAACGACGUUCUUUAUAUUUGUCAUCCUACCGGCUUUGUAUUACGUCUAUUGUAAAUAUGUGACUUCAUCGCCAAAUUCAUACAACAAGAUUGAGUCGCCAAUUAAGGUGACAUUUCCAAUCCCUGACGAAGCCAGACGACAUUGGAAGGGCAAAAGGUUAUAUCCUAAGCCGAGCCUUGUAGUUGGCAACGACACUACCAAAAUACGGUGCUACUGUCCUGCUACCGGCCAAGAUUUGGGAAUUUUCAAUGCCACGUCUAGAGCCGAGAUGGAUGAAAUGAUUGCCAAGGCAAAGAAAGCCCAAAAGGAAUGGAAAAAUAGCUCAUUCACAAUCAGAAGAAAAUUUUUGAAAACCUUGGCCAGAUUCAUUUUGGAGAAUCAAGAAAAUGUGGCCCGAGUUGCAUGCAGAGACUCGGGAAAGACAAAAUUGGAUGCCUCUAUGGGGGAAAUAAUGGUCACUUUGGAAAAAAUCAAUUGGAUCGUUGCACAUGGUGCCAAGGUUCUCAGACCUAGUCAAAGACCAGGUCCUUCAAAUUUCCUUUUGGGGUUUAUGAAAAAUGCAGAGGUGAGGUAUGAACCAUUGGGAGUCGUUUCGGCCAUAAUUUCGUGGAACUACCCGUUCCAUAACUUGAUGGGUCCCUUAAUUGCGGCAAUUUUUACCGGAAAUGCUAUUGUUGUGAAAUGCUCGGAAAAUGUGGUUUGGUCAAGCACCUGGUUUGUUCAAAUGUGUCGUUCUGUUUUAAAGUCAUUGGAUUUGGACGAGAACUUGGUUCAAUUAUGCUACUGUUUUCCUCAAGAUGCAGAUUAUUUCACUUCGCACCCAGGUCUUGACCAUAUCACGUUCAUUGGGUCCAAGCAAAUAGCCCAUCAUGUUGUUACCAAUGCUGCUAAGCAAUUGACUCCGUGUGUAGUUGAGCUUGGUGGAAAGGACUCAUUUAUUGUAUUGGACGAUGUCAAAGACUUGAAGGCGUUAUCUUCGAUCAUUUUGAGAGGAACCUUCCAAAGCGCUGGACAAAACUGUAUUGGUAUUGAAAGAGUGAUUUGCCUACCAAAAGCUUAUGACGAGUUGAUAAAAAUUCUCUCCGAGCGCAUAAAGAGCUUUAGAGUAGGAUCAGAUAUAGACCAGUUAGAUGAGAUUGAUAUGGGUGCCAUGGUUUCAGACAACCGCUUUCAGUACUUCAAAGAUUUGAUUGAGGAUGCAGUUUCAAAAGGAGCCAAAUUGGUUUAUGGAGGUAAGCCUUACCAACACCCUAACUACCCUCAAGGUCACUACUUUGAACCUACGAUGUUGAUUGAUGUCGAUCCAAAGAUGAGAAUUUUCAACGAAGAAGUUUUUGGCCCUAUAUUAACCAUGAUCAAGGCAAAGGACGUUGACAAUGCCAUCGAGUUAGCAAAUAGUACUGAGUAUGGAUUGGGUAAUUCCAUAUUCGGUAAUGACUUCAUCCAGUUGAGUCAUAUAGCGGACAGACUAGACAGUGGUAAUGUCGCCAUCAAUGAUUUUGCUACAUACUACGUGGCCCAAUUACCAUUUGGCGGUGUGAAGAAAUCAGGAUAUGGCAAAUUUGGAGGUGAAGAAGGGUUAACAGGACUAUGCAAUGCCAAGUCCAUUGUGCUGGACAAGCCACUUUUACGGAUGCUCGGCGUGGCAACAGCUAUUCCUCCACCAAUUGACUACCCAAUCAUGGACGACAAACGAGCAUGGCGAUUUAUAGAAAAUUUGAAUAUAGCUGGUUAUGACGCACGUCUUUGGGCCAAGUUGAAGUCUUUCAAAACUUUGGCUAAAGGUGGCGCUUGA